CUUGGUCACUAAACAACCACUUCCACCUCCCAGCUAAUGUCUCUUCCUCUCUCUUAGCCCUUCUUCUGUUCUUCCCCUGAUCUCUGUACGCAUGAAUGACUAGUCCUUCUUCGAGUCAUGAGUAACACGAAAGUGCCCAGAUCGAAGGCUAUGUAUCAUCAAGUUUAUGACAGAGGCUAAGAGCAAGAGAGCUUGCUACUUCCUCUUCUGCUCACUCUGUAGGGUUCUUGGCGUCUCUUCUCUUCUUCCUUCAAGCCAAAAUAUAGUUUCUCUUGUCUAUACAGACACUGGUGUUCAGAUCACCUGUGGUUCAUAAGGUUCUCCCCGCAUACAUGGGGAGGGCUGAGAACGGCAAGGACAAGAGGUCAAAGGGCCUGAUACUGAAGACGCUGGAGCGGUGCCGGUCCCUGGGGAGCCACCGCAAGGGGGAUCAGAAGCGGCAGCGGACGUCCGAGGGUUGCUUCUCGGUGUACGUCGGGCCCGCGAGGGAGCGGUUCGUGGUGCGCACGGAGUGUCUGAACCACCCGCUCUUUAAGAUGCUACUUGAUGAGGCGGAGAUGGAGUUCGGGUACUCGGCUGCCGGGCCGCUGGAACUUCCCUGCGACGUUGAUCUCUUCCAAAAGGUGUUGUGGGAGGUGGAGCAGGACGCAGCGGAGCUGUACUCGCCCAGGUGCAACUUCACCAAGGCACACGCCGGGUACCUCUUGCUGAGCCCGGUAAGGGCCAUGAUCACGGGCCGUGUGUAGAUUUGGAAGCAAGCAUGGUCACGAAUCCACCCUCUCGAUGGUGUUGGUGCAGCUGCCAUGACUGAGACGGUGGUGUCCCUAUUAGGCAAGCUAAGGCAAGAGCAGAAUAACUAUUUGCGUCACUUGUUGAGUGAGGUUUCGGAAUGCCUCAACAGGGAUGACCAGGUGGCUUAGUGUCGCCUUGGGGGCAAGAAACCUAAGUUGUUUUUGAUGAUGAAAUCAAUUAUAAUUUGUUUGAUCUAAUCUAUAUAUUGAGAAAAGUGUGCAGGAUUAACUACGAUAGCAAUAAGAUAUAAAGCAGGUGUUGUGCUGGAGUCAAGAUCGAGAUCACGUUGGGGUUCGAGAGUUCGUCGGAAGUCCGGACGUUCGUCAGAAGUUCUGUUGGAACCAACCGAGAAGUCCAAGAGCUUGCCAAAGAAGCUCGUGGGAACUUGCCAAGAAGAUCGUCAUAAAGUCCAGGAGCUUGCCGGGAGUUCGCCGGAGCAUUGCUGAGAGUUCGUCGGAUGUUCAUCGGAAGUACGUCGGAAGCUCGCCGAAAGAGCAAUUGACGCACUAGAACAAGAAGAGCUGUGAUCAUGUCUUAAAGUGUAUGCCAAAAAUCAAAAGCUGUUUCACAAAU